GCCUCCCCUUGUGGGUCCUAUGCAGUCUGGGACACUGUGUUCUCUAGGCCUAGAGGUCUGCAAGAACAGUUCCACUUUUUUCCUGUGCAGGAUGAAAUGCAUCAGUGAGCUGCUUCCGUGCAUCCCUGAGAUCUGGGAGUUCCGGCUGCUACUGCAUUUGGUUACCUCGAUGUGGCAGGAGGAGGAAACGAUGCUUACACCAACUUACCUGGCUUCCAGUAUCUUUUGUGUGAGAUACACAACUAUUUUAUUGAUGACGGAGGAGGUUAAAUCGGGCAAGGAACCGCUCAUUGAGUUCUACUCCUCGUACCGGGAACUCUUUGAGUUCUUCUGCAACAAUACAACCAUUCAUGGAGCCAUCCGGCUGGUGUGUUCUCGCAACAACCGCAUGAAAACCGCUUUCUGGCUAGUCUUGUUUCUGGCCUGCUUUGGGCUCAUGUACUGGCAGUUUGGACUUCUCUUUGGGCAGUAUUUCAGUUACCCAGUGAGCAUUAAUGUUAAUGUCAACUCGGGCAGAUUGCUGUUCCCAGCUGUGACUGUGUGCACCCUAAACCCAUACAGAUACCAUCCUAUCCUGGCUGACCUGGAAGAACUGGACAAAGAAACGCAGAGGACCUUAUAUGAUCUGUAUAAGUAUAAUGUUACUGGGGUGCAAGGAAGGGUCCCCCAAAAUAGAAGAAGGCGUGAAGCCAGGGAACCGCUUCCUCACCCUCUUGUGAGGAUACCGGUUGGAGAGGGCCUUCAUAGGGAGGUCCGAAGCGCAGACACUGGCGACAAUGAAGAGAUGCAAGUCAAACGCAAAAACUGGAAUAUAGGCUUCAAACUGUGUAAUGAGACUGGGAACGACUGCAUCUACCAGACCUACAGCUCGGGGGUGGAUGCCAUCCGGGAAUGGUAUCGCUUCCAUUAUAUAAACAUCCUCGCCAGAGUACCCAAGAAUGAUAAUGUCAGUAAAGAGGUGCUGGAGAACUUCGUCUUCGCCUGCAGAUUUAAUGAGGAGUACUGCAUGCAGGAUGGGACCUACGCACAGUUCCACCACGCCAUCUACGGAAACUGCUACACGUUCAACUUUAACCGCUCCGACAGUGACACGUGGAGCUCCUCUAUGCCCGGCAUCAAAAAUGGUCUCACCCUUGUCCUGCGCACAGAGCAACAUGACUACAUCCCAUUACUGUCAACUGUGGCCGGAGCACGUGUGCUAAUCCAUGGCCAUAAGGAGCAAGCUUUCAUGGAUGACAAUGGGUUCAACAUCCAGCCUGGUGUGGAGACUUCCAUUGGCAUGAAAAAAGAAGUGGUGUCUCGUCUGGGCGGGGAUUACAGCGAUUGCUCAGAAGACGGCAGUGACGUCGAUGUGAAGGAUCUGUUUAACAGUGAAUACACCCAGCAGGUCUGUGUACGCUCCUGCUUCCAAGCUAAGAUGGUGGACCGCUGCGGCUGUGCCUACGCCUUCUACCCCCUUCCAGACGGAGUGGAGUAUUGCGAUUACAAAAAGCACAAGAGCUGGGGUUAUUGUUACUAUAAACUCAUUAAAGAAUUCAGUCAGCACGAGCUGGGAUGUUUCGCUAAGUGUCGCAAGCCAUGCCUGUUGACUGAAUAUCAGCUUAACGCAGGGUAUUCUCGUUGGCCAACCAAAGUCAGUGAGAGCUGGGUUUUCCACACAUUGUCACAGUCCAAUUUUACUGACAGGAACGGGAUUGCAAAACUCAACAUUUACUUUGAAGAAAUGAAUUUUAAAACCAUCCAGGAGUCUCCAACAAUUAUUAUGGUGACGCUCUUGUCCUUGUUGGGAAGCCAGUGGAGCCUUUGGUUUGGCUCCUCCGUUCUGUCCGUCGUGGAAAUGGGCGAGUUGGUGUUCGACGUUAUUGCUAUUGCGACGAUAAUCCUCCUCCACCGUUAUCACAGCCAACAGAAUCAAGCCAUGGAAGAGACGGGCAGGACCGAAACCGCCGAUCCAUCCUUUGGGCCUAGAGAAGAGAGGAAUGCUCCGAUUCCACGCAGUGUCCCCUCGGACAGCCAAUUGAGGGUUGUAGCUGAUAUUACUCCCCCACCGGCCUACGAGACCUUGGACCUAAACUCUCUAGGAGGUGGAUCUUCCCGUUCAGCCAGCAUACGUAGUCACACUUCCCAAUACACCAGUUGGGAGAGCUGAAUAAAGAAAGGCAUUUAGAAAAGAAGGGUAUGCAUAUUUGUGUAUUUUAGAUGGCUAACCAAGGUUGAGAGAGGUAUGGGAAAAUAUAGUCACUUCAAAAAGUAAAGCAAAAACAAAACAAAAAAAAAACUACGAUUUGACCUACUUUAUCUCUGUAAGAGAAAACAAGCUACGUGGCCAUUAGGCUGAGAAAAUUAUAUCAAGUUUAACAGUUCAUUUCCUGCCGAUCUAAGCUUUGCUCAUCCAAAAAUUUAUGAACAUCUUUUUUUAACUUUUGUCUCAAAUUAAAAAAAAAUAUUAUUCUGAACUCCAAAGUAAGCACUAUUCCAACGUGUAUGGACAACCAAAAAUGUAUUAUGGAAACCCCUCUGUAUAAAAUGUAUCAAACCCUGUAAACUGUUUCUCGGUUGAAAACAAUGAGGGGAAAUCAGCUAUUGUUAGACCUAUAAAGCGUACAACACUGCCACAUUAUUUUACACAGGACCGCUAGCUUCUUCAACACUUCUGUAGCUGAGCACUGCCUUUUCCUGUGGGCAGUGAAUAAGCACAUUAGACAGGGGAGUACAGAUCUGGUUCCUUCUCCAUGCUACAACAUGCUAUAGUCCGGGUCCAGUCAUUGAGCUGCUGUUCCUUCCUUUAGCUGACCCUGGAACUUUCACAUAAACUGAACUGUUUUGGAAGCGGUUUGGGGGUCUAGGAGGAAAAUGGAUCAGAGAGGGAGCGGGCAGGAAAUCGGGGGAAACAAUAGCAGCUGGCUACUCCAAAAGCCCAAGCUAGUUAAUAAUAUAGAUGUAGGAGGAAACGCUAUACUAAAAAAAAAAAUGUUUUUGUUUUUUUAGAAAAACAUGCUUCCAUUGUAUGUACUAUUCAUUUUUUGGCUUUAGUUCUCCUUACACGAGCAGUAAAAUGUGUCAACUGAUUGUUCUGGGAGCACAAUAUUCAUUUGCUGUAUGUCCAUAAAUAUCGUCUGAAUGGAA